ACUGAUUGAGAACAAUUUUAUAAUUUCAUUAGUUUAAAGUAUGGCCAGUUUCUUUGGAGAGGUCGUAUAUCCUGUUUCAAGAGCAUUUUGGAAUGACGAAGAUGAUCACGAAGUCCUAGAAAAUACCGAAGACACUAGAGAGUUUGUAAUUAACUGGAUCGAGUCUGAACCAUCGAAAUUAGACAAAUUCAUAAUUGUGGAAGGAGAAAUGAUGAUAGAUUUUGUUACAAAAACUAUACUUGAAAAUUCAAAACUCGUUUGUAUUAUAGAAUAUGAUUGCGAUAAGAAUAGUACAAGAAUUUAUUUAAUCGAUAAUAGUAUCUAUGUUUGCAUUGUUAGUACGAAGCUUGAUUUGAUACAUACCGGACAGUUAACAGAAGCUAUUGCACCCAUAUUAUCUAAUUCAGUUAAUUUGUACACAUUAACAAGCGAUCACAUGCUUCAUUUUAAAAGUGAUGAAGAAACGAAUUCAAUAUCUUUCUUAAAAAAAUUAUGUUCAUCUAGAUCACAAAGUAAUGAAAAUAGUGAAAUUUCUACUUUAAACCAGCCAAAUUUUGUUACUGGUGCUUGUGCUGGAGUGUUCACCUAUGCAGAGAUGACUGAUUUGCCUUGUAUUAUGUACAUACUUUACACCGAUACAUUUAUUUUAGAUUCCAAAAAUGCAUUACCACUUGUAGAAUUAUUUUCCGACUUAUUUGGAAAACGCCCUAAUUUAUCAGCUGUAAAUUCAAGCUUCUUCAAUAAAGGAAAUUUGUACAUGUAAUUAUUAUGCAUUUUUGAUUUUUUUUUUU